GCACCCGGCGACUCCGGUUUCCCUGAACCUUAUCCGGCCCUGGGGAGGCGCGCGCGGAGGCUCGCGUCAGGGGCAGGCGAGAGGCUGGCUUUCUCUCGGUGCGGCGGGUGGAGUUCUGAGUUUCGAGUCCGUGGCGGCGGGUUCCGCCGCCCGGCGUCGGGGCUGCGGGCAGGAUGCGAGGCCUGAGCGCGGCGUGGCUGCUGGCGGGUGCCAUCCUGCUGGCGGCCUCUGCCUCCUGCAACCGCACCAUCCCAGGAGCCAAAAGACCCGCGGGAGGAAGAAGUCUCAUUGGGAAGAUUGACAGCCCACCUCACGUCACUGUAAAAGGAGUUACAGUGAAACCAGGCUUCUCCGUGGAUGAGUUUUCCGCGUCCGUCCUCACUGGAAAACUGACUACCGUCUUUCUUCCGAUUGUCUACACAAUUGUAUUUGUGAUUGGUUUGCCAAGUAAUGGCUUGGCCCUGUGGGUCUUUCUUUUCCGAAGCAAGAAGAAGCACCCGGCUGUGAUUUACAUGGCCAACCUGGCCUUGGCCGACCUCCUGUCUGUCAUCUGGUUCCCCUUGAAGAUUGCCUAUCACAUACACGGCAACAACUGGGUGUACGGGGAAGCGCUUUGCAAGGUGCUCAUCGGCUUUUUCUACGGCAACAUGUACUGUUCCAUUCUCUUCAUGACCUGCCUCAGUGUGCAGAGGUACUGGGUCAUCGUGAACCCCAUGGCGCACCCCAAGAAGAAGGCAAACAUUGCCGUUGGUGUCUCCCUGGGGAUAUGGCUGCUGAUUCUGCUGGUCACCGUCCCCCUGUAUGUUGUGAAGCAGACCAUCUUCAUUCCGGCUCUUAACAUCACCACCUGUCACGAUGUUCUGCCCGAGGACGUGUUGGUGGGGGACAUGUUCAGCUACUUCCUCUCUCUGGCCAUUGGAGUCUUCCUGUUCCCAGCCUUCCUCACGGCCUCUGCCUAUGUGCUGAUGAUCAGGGUGCUGCGGUCCUCGGCCAUGGACGAAAACUCAGAGAGGAAAAGGAAGAGAGCCAUCAAGCUCGUCAUCACCGUCCUGGCCAUGUACCUGAUCUGCUUCACGCCUAGUAACCUUCUGCUCGUGGUGCAUUACUUCCUGAUUAAAAGCCAAGGCCAGAGCCACGUCUACGCCCUGUACAUCGUGGCCCUCUGCCUCUCCACCCUCAACAGCUGCAUCGACCCCUUUGUCUAUUACUUUGUUUCACAAGAUUUCAGGGACCACGCAAAGAACGCUCUCCUUUGUCGGAGCGUCCGGACCGUAAAGCAGAUGCAAGUAUCCCUCUCCUCGAAGAAAUUCUCCAGGAAAUCUAGCUCUUACUCUUCAAGUUCGACCAGCGUUAAAACCUCCUACUGAGUUUUCCAGGUCCUCACACGGAAGUUAUACAGUAGGAUGCGGACCUGCUUCAUCUUAUGGGGACGUGUCUGUUAUUGCCUAACCAAGUGGGUCUCAUCACGUACCGUGCAUAUGUGAUGUCUCAGGAUUGCUAGAAGCUUCCCUGUUUGCAUGGUAAAAGUCCCCCCAAAUUAACACAGAUGUCAGUUGCAGAAUUCCGCUGCUCAGAUGCUCCGAGAAACUGAGCUAACAGAAGCAGACUUUUCAGCAGGGGGGAAAAAGACAAACCCAGUGACUUGCAAAAACUAGGCCUGGCGUAAAGACUAAGUUCUUAGCUGACACCGUAUUUCUUUUACAUCUGGGGUCAAUCAUAGCCUUGUUAGGGCUUGAGGGCCCUUGGAGAUGAUCGAUCACUCCAAUUGAUUGACUUGACAAACAAGGAAACUAAACAGGUAAUACAAGUUGCCCAGAGUCAGGUUUCUGAGCAACAGCAGUGAGUUUGGAUUGGACAGUAGGAUACGAAUGUUCAGUGAGUGGGGUUUUUGGACCACUUCAUCAAAAUCACUGUGGCGCUUGUUUAAAAUGCAGAUUCCUUAGAUUCAGUGAUGAAAGCUCAGGCUCUGGGAACAGGGCCCAGGAGUCUGCAUGUUAUAAGCCCGUGUGAUGUUUAGGCACCAAAGGUUUGAGAACCACUGGUCUGAGUGCUGUUUCUGCUUGACAAGGGGCCAUGAUAAUUUUUGGAAAAAAAAAAAAAAAAGCAAACAAAUAUUUUGUGUUUCUUACAUUUAGCUUAUAAUGAAAUCUGUUUAUGGACUUAUCAGGACUUUUCAUUACUAAUCCUUUGAGCUUUUGUGUGUCUUAUUACUUCAAGAAAAGUACAAUGAGGAUUUUAAACAUGUAAAUACAAAUUUUGUAUAGCUUUUUACUGACUUCAGUGGAAUUUUUAUGUAGUCUGAAUAAUGGAUUGUUUUGUAACUGAGAAUAGCUUUUACCACUGAGUAUUUUUAAAAAUUGCUGGAUUAUUUAUUGUCAGUUUUGUUCACUCGUUAGCAAACAUGAAAUUGUAAAGCCAUCACAGGGUUUGGCCCACAUCUCUUUGGAAAGCACUAAAGUAAAUGGAUGUGUAACAUAGUUAAGAGGUUCUUGACUCCAAACUGACUUCAUACAACUGUUGUAUUUGUGACUUUUAAAAAUAAUUAUUUUAUUAUAUGAUUGAUUUAUAAACAACACGAUUUUUUUUACAGCUUA